CCUCCCUCUCAGUUCUGAGUUUCUUUGCUUCACUCGGGUCUCGCGCUCCUGCUGCACAAACUUCAGCAGCGCGAGGACUUCAUUAUUUGUGCUUUACUCGGCGCGAGCGCAGCGCAGCACAGCGCGUGGACUGGACUGAAGGCACCGCGCGCGAUGAACGGCACGCUCUUCAACCGGACCGCGUUUACGCGCGGCGCGCUACUGGACCUGGUAGACUGCUGCGCGCGCAAUGGCACGGAGGUGAGCGCGAGCGACGGCGGCGGCGGGUCCCUCGCGCUCGAGCAGGAGGAGCGGCGGCUGUUCGUGACGCGCGUGGUGCAGAUCGCCGUGCUGUGCGUACUGUCCCUCACCGUCAUCUUCGGGGUCUUCUUCCUCGGCUGCAACCUGAUGAUCAAGUCCGAGAGCAUGAUCAACUUCCUGGUGCGCGAGCGGAGACCCUCCAAGGACGUGGAGGCGGUGAUGAUCGGCCUGAGUUAAGAGUCGGGGGCGCGCGCUCCGGGCUGCGCGCUCCGGGCGCCGGAGGUUCACGAGGACGCGCAGUACACGGGUCCGGUCCAGAGGGGGCCGGAUCAAUGGACAAGCUCGAGAACUGCGAUUCGGAGAAACGGAAGGAUUUUUUUGCACGCGCAAGAUAUGAGAAUGUAUUGAUGUUUUUGAAUGUUUACGUAGCUCUUUGUACUUGCAACUUUUUUGGACGAAUAGACGAUGUGUAUGUGUGUGCGCGCGAGCGUGGAAAAUACGCAACACAUGCUCGCACUCAAAAACAUGAAUCAAGAAGGUUUCUGAUUAAAUUGAUCAGACUUUGUUUAUAAGAUUUUGUUCGAUGCCUCUGUUUAACUGAAUGCAAAUUGAUGGAACAAUCAUGGAAAUCUGACAUAUGGCAUAGUGCAUGCAUACAUACAGCUCUGGAAAAAAAUAAGAGACCACUUCAGUUUCUGAAUCUGUUUCUCUGAUUUUGCUAUUUAUGAGGUAUAUGUUUGAGUAAAACGAACAUUGUUGUUUUAUUCUAAUAACUAUGGAAAUUUCUCCCAAAUUCGUAAUAUAAAUACUGUCAUUUAGAGCAUUUAUUUGCAGAAAAUGAGAAAUGGCUGAAAUAACAAAAAAAUGCAGAGCUUUCAGACACCAAAGAAAACUAGUUCAUGAUGAUAACAUUUUAAGAGUUCAGAAAUCAAUAUUUGUUGCAAUAACCCUGGUUUUUAAUCACAGUUUUUAUGCAUCUUGGCAUCAUGUUCUCCUCCACCAGGCUUGCGCACUGCUUUUGGAUAACUUUAUGCCACUCCUGGUGCACAUAUUCAAGCGGUUCAACUUGGUUUGAUGGCUAGUGAUCAUCCAUCUUUCUCUUGAUUAUAUUACAGAUGUUUUCAAUUUGGUAAAAUCAAAGAAACUCAUAAUUUUAGGUGGUCUCUUAUUUUUUUCCCAGAGCUGUAUAUAUAAGCAUAAUAAUUACAGACUGUAGUCCUGUAAAUGUUUCUCUGCAUACUUUAUUAUUAUCCUCCUUUCAUCCUGUUCUUCGAAGAUCAGGACCUUACCUUACACCACAGUGCUGAAAUGUGUUUAAUUAUUUCAUUUAUUUAUUUGCUGCAUUAUUCUCAUUAUCAGCUCUACAGUGACACUGCCAGUGUGUAUGUAUGUUAGUAGUAGGUUAGUGUGUGUUGUGCUGUGUAUACAAGUGGCUCAGACAUAGCAGUGCUGCUGGAGUUUUUAAACAUCUCAGUGUAACUGGGGAAGCAUCCUAUGAGCACUUUUAAAGAACACAAGAAGAAGACUGUACAAGAUGGAGCAGCUAUAGGUAGGAGUGUCUAAUAGACAGAGGAGACAGUGAGUUGACACAGUGUUUAAGAACUCCAUCAGCACUGCUGUGUCUGAUCCGCUUUUACUAGCUCAAUACAAUCUAACACACCAACCACCUUGCUAGUGUCACAACAGUACUGAUAAUGACCCACCACCCAAAUUAUACCUGUUUUGUGGUGGUCCUGAUCAUUGAAGAGGAGGACAAUACUACAGUAUGCUUUACGCAGAGAAACAGUAACAGGACUACAGUCUGUAAUAAUAUAAUACAACUACAAAGUGGUCCUAUUUGUUGAGGACUAUGGACCAUAUAAUUAUCUUUAAUUGGAAUGUACUUAUGUAAUAUUUAUGCAAUAUAUUUUUAUUAUAUCUUGGUAAAGAGAAUAGAGAAUAGUUGAGUAGUUAAAAAAUAGGCAGGGUUAUUAAAAUUGGCAAGUCAGAUAUAUUUCAGUAUGUAACAGAAAAAUCUAUAUUUUAAAAUUAUAUAUAUAUAUUAUCAUAUAUCAGAUUUCUGCGUAAGGUUAUGUAAAUUUUUGAAUGUCGAUGCCGAUGUAAAAUUCCAACUGUAUGGAGCAGUUUGUUGCGUUCAGGGUUGUUUGACUCUUGACUCUUUUGCAGUGAAACUAUGUUUACAUGUUUUUACCUCAACUCCAGAGCAGAAUGUCCUUCAGACUUUUCCACGUCGUUUUGAACCUCUUCCAAAAUGCAUGGACGUUAAUGGUGGAGUAAAUGUAGCCUAUGCAUCUGCACCGUUGGUGUUUCUUCUUUUUUCUAAAGCUGUUCUUCAGAUGUAUUUUUCUCUACCUUGUGGCAGAAAGCACGCUGAUCUGGCGGGGGGACGCUUGCACGUUUCCUUCUUCGUCCCUCGCCGUUGCUGUGUGUGUGUGCGUGUAUGUAUGUGUGUGUGUGUGUGUAUGUGUGUCUUAAUGGGAGUUGGUCAGUUCAGCUCUCAGCAUGCACCAGGUGCUUUUCUGUACUACACUCUCUGAUGAAACCUCAGUGCUGCAUGAAGUCUUUCUUCUGUUUUUUUGUACACGAUAAUGAUGAGACUUGAAGUCGUGCAGCAUGUUGUGUCAAUAAAGAAGCUAUUUCAAAUCUGA